UGUCUGGUGUCAGCAAAUCUGAUGCUAUGCAACUCGGCUCUGCCAGUCUGGGUGGGUUGAAACUGAAGUGAGACCUUCUUGAAGCGCUCUGAAAGGCUAGGGAGGCUGAUCAUUCACCCCAUUUUCCCUUUCCUGAUGUUUUAAGGAAGAGAUGUAAAGGAUUUUUUGAAGAGCAGAUUUCUUCUCGAUAUGACUUCAGAGACCACUUAUGCUGAAUUGAGUUUCAAAAGUGAAUUGAAGUCCUCAGGCACCAAAGAAAGGCCUCCUGCAGCUCCCAAAGAGAAGACCAGCCUGAACAAAAGUAAUCCCAGUUUUCCCAAGCUACUUUUUGCCUCAUUGCUGGUGCUUCUGCUGCUAUUGGCAAUCUCAUUUUUUAUCGCUUUUAUCAUUUUCUUCCAAAAAUAUUCUCAGCUUCUUAAAGAAAAAAAGACUGCAAAAGAGCUCCCUCACACGGAAUUGGAAUGCCUGAAAGAGAAUGUGACCAUGGAAGGGAAAGAUUGGAGCUGCUGCCCAAAGGGUUGGAAGCCAUUCAGUUCCAACUGCUACUUUAUUUCUAAUACAAUAAGAAAUUGGACGGAGAGUGAGAAGAACUGCUCAGCAAUGAAGGCUCACCUGCUGGUGGUCAACACCAAGGACGAGCAGGAUUUUAUCAUCCAGAACGUGGAUAUGUCUCCUGCUUAUUAUAUAGGGCUGUCAGACCCAAAGGGAAAAAGAGAUUGGCAAUGGGUUGAUCAGACACCCUACAAUGAAAGUGUCACAUUUUGGCACUCAAGUGAACCCAGUAAUCUUAAUGAGCGUUGUGUUAUAUUACAUUUUCGUCAUGGACCGAGAGAAUGGGGCUGGAAUGAUGUUCCUUGUAAUGUACAUCACAAGUCAGUUUGCAAGAUGACGAAGAUCUACUUAUGAAUGGGACAUUCUGCAUGAACAUGUGGUUGAAUUGGAACCCACCAUCACAGAGAUAGCUAAUUUGCUCUUUUUAUUCAUGUGUAAAUCUUGUGGAAGGAAGCUCCAUAGAAGUUUUCCAUAGGCUGUCACCUUUUCCAUUUAUGAGAGAAUCAGUAUACGCAUUCAUUCAUUUCUUCCUUCUCCAUGUGCAGAGAUCAUAUUUCUGCAGACAGAUGGAGGAAGCAUGAGCCUCCUUUCCUAAUUUUGAAGAGUUAAGCAUUGACGUAAUUAUAUAUGAUAUUGGUAUAAUUAUAUGAUGGGGUUCCUCUCUCUGUCUGGAUUUUUUUUUUUUUCCAUGAGAGUGAUCAAAAGCAGAAUAAUCCCAACUAUUACUUUCCAUUUCUCUCAGACAUUUAUCAGCUUUAACUGAAGCAUGUUAUGUGCCAGUUGGAAUAUGAUACACAUCAAUGGAACUUAGUUUCUGGCUUUGGCCCAGUAGACCAUUUGGGAUUCUUAGCAUUCUCUGCUCAUUCUUGGACUGUCACUUAACAUCAGGGUGCACUCAGAGGGAAAUCCAACACUGAACAUUAGAGAUUUAGAAGUUAUUAUUAGUGAGUUGACAUAGAUGUAUAAUCAUUAGGUAUUCUGAUAGUUUUUUUUUUUUCCCUUAAGUUUUAUAGUAUCUGUGUGUAGAUUGCCACUCAAAAUGGCUCCUGGUUUAUUUGUAUUCCCCUUUGCACUGAAUUCUUACAGAUCAUUUUAUUUCAACUACAACAUAAAAUAGAUUUAUAAUGAAGCCUGUUAUUCAUUGCUUUCAUAUGCUAAUUAUAAUUGAUCAUAGUAAAGCUGAUUCUAGCCAUGGCUAUCCAAGUAUGACUUCUUGAGAUUAUGCCCCGAUUAUCUUGAUACAACUGAGUAAUUACAUUUGCCACUCAUUUCCUGACUGUAUCUAAAAAGGAGUUGUUUUUAUACAGGUCUGAUCUUAUCCAUAGUAUGUAGAACUUACCAGUUUACUCCUCGGAGAGCAACUUACAAUCAUGGAAGAAUUCCAGGGAAGCUUUAUUGACAAAGAGGUUUCCUCACUAUUAUUUCAAUAAUAAGGGGUUGGAAUGAAGAGCAAAAAGAACCACUUUACGAAAUGCUUUUGAUUUUCAGGAUAGAGGGUGUGCUUGAACUGGAGUGCAAGGAGAGUGGUGACAUUAGUCAUUGCUGGAACUUUCUCUGAUCUCCACCUUAUAUCUUAUGAAUGUGGUUCAGAUCCUAUUUUCUUUAAUUUUCCAUAAAGCACCACUAAAUUAAGAUUGUGGGUAACAGAGUUUAUGUAAGACUUGUGUUUAAAGAGUGAUA